CUUCUCUUUCUUUUAUUCUUCGCCCCCUCAUCCUUCCCUCCCGAAGUGACACCGUCCCCCGUGCUCCGUUACACCUCCGGCCAUGCUCCCCACAAAAUGAUUAUUCCGAACUUUCUCUCUGUUUUUCCCCCUGCGGAGCAUUUUUCCGGGGCCUCAACUUUUCUGGCGUGUCAUCAUUUCUGGAGUUAACGCGGCAGAGUCAUCCGAGGCGACCACAGCUCUCUCGUAUCUGGAUUCUUAAAAAAAAAAAGAGCCAGUGAAACAGCCCAGGAAAUGCAGCGUUUUCUGUAACCCGGAGGUACCGCUGCUGAACUGAGUCAGCGGGGAAGAGCAUGUAGAAAUGUGCAGAAACAAAUGGCGAGCCUCGGGAUGUUUCUGUUAAAGCAAAGCCCGCUCUGAUUCAGCUGCUUCUCAUCAACAUGAUGUUUUCUCCUCUCUCUCUGUCUCAGGAUGAGUUCCAUCCGUUCAUUGAGGCUCUGCUGCCCCAGGUCCGUGCCUUUGCCUACACAUGGUUCAACCUCCAGGCCAGGAAAAGGAAGUACUUCAAAAAACAUGAGAAAAGGAUGACUAAAGAAGAAGAGAGAGCUGUUAAAGACGAACUCCUAGGCGAGAAGGCAGAGGUGAAACAAAAGUGGGCCAGCCGCCUUUUGGCCAAGUUAAGAAAGGACAUCAGACCUGAAUGCAGAGAAGACUUUGUCCUGUCAAUCACUGGGAAAAAGGCUGCAUGUUGUGUCCUGUCAAACCCUGACCAGAAAGGCAAAAUGAGACGCAUAGACUGUCUCCGACAAGCUGACAAGGUUUGGAGGUUGGACCUGGUGAUGGUCAUCCUGUUUAAAGGAAUCCCUUUGGAAAGCACAGAUGGAGAGCGGCUGGUGAAGGGAGGCCAGUGCUCCAAUCCAGUCCUCUGUGUCCAGCCAAGACACAUCUCUGUCUCUGUCAAAGAGCUUGACCUCUACCUCGCUUACUAUGUACAAGAGAGAGAGGCAGAGCAGAGCAGCAGUCCCAGUCGCACGGGGGUGGGUUCUGAUCAGGAGGACAGUCGAACAGCCACCAUGGAUGGUCCGGAGUUCCAGGAGAGUUUUGUGACAUCAGGAGUUUUCAGUGUCACUGAGCUGGUCCAGGUCUCAAGAACUCCAGUAGUCACAGGAGUGGGACCUAGUUUCUCUAUGGGGGAGCUCCAGGGUCAUUUGGCCUACGACCUCAACCAGUCUGUCAACCAGCCAGUCAGCCUCAGACGAUCAUUGGCCAGCACCUCAUCCAGCGGGAGUAAGCGUCAUAAGUCUGGCUCAAUGGAGGAAGAGGCUGACAGCCCAGGAGGGGAGUAUUAUCACUCGCCUUCCUCUCCUGCCAGUAGCUCCAGGAACUGGACUGAUGACAUGGAAGGAGGUCUGUCUCCUCCAGUGAAGAAGGCAGAGCUGGACAGUCCCUCUCCCCAGGAAGACUCACCAAGACUGGGCUCCUUCACUCAGCAUCACCGGCCAGUCAUAGCUGUUCACAGUGGUCUGUCUCGGAGUCCCCACCCCUCCUCAUCUAUUCAUUUCCCGCCCUCGUCCUACUUCCCCCACGGAGCAAUCCGCUAUCCUCCUCACCUGGCCCAGGACCCCCUAAAAGAUCUGGUGUCAUUGGCCUGCGACCCUGCAAACCAAACGCCCAGCUCACUGAAUGGCAGCAACCAGAUUAAAGUGCCCAGUCACUACAUCUCCUCUCAGAUGUUGGCACCCCCUGGACCAGCACCCUCCCUGGCUCCUCCCCCCUCGUCCCUGCCUCGGCCGACGCUGUCUGCAGAGUCAAAGGCCACUACCACCUCCUCUGAUGGGGGAGCAAACUCCCCCACAUCACCCACAUACUCGGCCCCUGGGACGCCCCCCGCCAAUCGCACCUCCUUCGUUGGAGUCACCCCUCGAGACCCAGGUGGACUCUACCAAGCCCAGUCCUGGUAUCUGGGCAACUGAGUGAACUCUGGAGGAAAGGUGAUUGUCAUGGCAGUAUUGUCCUCGAGGAAAGUAAACAAAGUUGUCAAGACAUUGCCGGAGGAAAGAUAUAUUCCGCUUUGUAGAAGCAAAACGUGGUCAUACAUAUAUAUAAAUAUACAGUGUUAUAUAUUUCUAUAUUUGUAUGCACCCAGAAGAGACAGCAUGGACAGAGGAAGGAUGCUGCUCUCACGCAGCCAUUUUGCAGCCACAGAAUGAACUACGCUAAGUGACACUAAAUGGUUCUCACAAAUGGCCGCUGACGUGAGGUGUGUUUUUCAAGUGAGAGCAACGGGACUACGCAGAUGUCUGGUUGGUCCUGAUGAACUGCAGACCAGAACCGGGCCUCGGCACACCGGAUCCUAAGAAGCCUGUAACCUAACCGUGUUCCUGGGAUAAGGUCUGUUUCCCUGGAAUGGAUGUCAGCCUUUACCCCUGUACCCCGGGUCUCUACACUAAAUCCAGUAUAAGGCCUCCUCCCUGGGACAGACAUAGACCUCACCCCCCCCUUCAACACCCAGAAUGCCCCUCUCCGCUGCAGGUGCUGCUUAUAAUAUAUGCAAAUAAGCCUCCCUUUUUUUUCUGAACCGACUAGAAAGAGAGAUCCUGUUGUUAAUAUGUAAUGUUUCUUUUGCACUUUUUAUUGUGUUAUUGAUAAGAAAAUUUAGAGUUCAGAGCAGUUUUUUUCUCUCUUCCCACCAAAAGACAGAGGCUUUGUCUUUUUUAUUGACAAUCAUCAGCCUGAAACCAUUAAGUUGCUUUGCUAAGCUCAUGUUUUUAAGACUGAUUGUGCUUUUUUAUCCGAAAACAACAAUUAACAGUGGAAUAAGAGCUAUAUUCAAGCCUCCUCCAACACAACACACAAUGCUACAGUUGGACACCAGUUGAGAGUGAAGCCCUGAUGCGACUGUUUAGCAGAGGGCAUCUUUUUACAUGAAUAUCCUGCUGCUUCUUUCCCUUCAGAUGCUGAUCAUUUUGUCAUGACAGUAGUUAUCCAGCCAAAGGCACAGUGUUUGGAGGAGACGUGCACCUGCAUCAAAGAAACGGCAAAGACACACGUGGCAGCACAGCCAGCGGCAAACUGGCUGCUGAACUGUUUGAAACUGUAGCAUGGUGUGGUGUGUGUGUGUGUGUGUGUGUAUGCGUGCGUGCGUGCGUGCGUGCGUGUGUAUGUCAGAUUGUGUAUACGGUUCCUGCAUUUACACACUCAUCCUUGCUCUGUUUGGAGGAGAUGUUGUGUAGAUUUUGUUUGUGUCUCAGAGAACACAGUGACGGGGUUUGUACGUGUGUGUAGGUAGAUUAGAAAGCGGGCAUUGCACUAUGAUUAAGUUAAUGAUGUGGCAUGUUACCAAGCUGGCGGGUCGUACUGUGUUUUUCUUGAAGUUGUCCGUGGUUGUGAAGACAACAUGUCAUGUGCAUGCUGACUUGAACUGAGCACAAAAUCCAGGUUUCUUGUCCGGCUCUAGAAGGAGUGUUGGCUUAGCAGGUGUUCCUGACUGUGUCUCUCAACCCCAACCUACAUGAUCUGUGGAGAAACGGUUUUGGUUUGGGGUUCAGAAGAGCAGUAGGACAGGUUAGGCACAGUGCUAGGGUUGGUUUUUAAGUCAAACCUUGAUGGUUUACCGACUGGCAACAAGCAACAAAUCAAGCAUUUAAAACCAGAGUUUGCUUUUCUGUGUCCAACCUUGACACAGUCUUUGCAGUAUAACAGUGCUUUAGUGAGCAAUAUUCUGGCUUUUCACAGCUUAACUUAGUCUAUAAUCUUUUUGAAAGACAUUUAAUAGCUUGAAAUCUUACAUGCUGCGUUUUAACGUUAAUUAAAAUCCUCUUAAAUGUUUAACAAGUUCAGCAUUUAAUAGAAUCCAAACAUGAAUCCCGGUCCAGGUCAGGGGUAACAGCGACUCAGUCUGUUUCAUCUGAAUGCAGAAGCAGAAUCCCAUUAAAAAAAAAAAAUCAUCAUUGAUAUUUGUCUGGAAAAUUCAAUGCAAACUCCAAAUGUAACAGUAGUUUAGUAUGUGCACUUUGGCCUUUUGCUAUUUCGUGCACCAUCUCUUUAGAGAUGAAUAUAAAUUAGAUUUUUUAGAGGCUAAUAUUUUAUAAUCUGUGCCAUAUAACCUCCAAGGCUUUGUAACUAUAAAGCAGUCUAUUGAAAUGUGUUGCCUGGGGAUGUGGGUUGGUGUUCCUGUGUUGAGGUGUGAUCAGAUUGAAUGGCAAGCAAACUUUUGUCUGUUAUUCACAUGAAUAUUAUCACUGGAGUUUCUGCUUUCUGAAGAUGUUACUUUUGUGUGCUCCCUGCACAAAGAGAAGGGGAAAAGACAAAACAUUAUCAUUUUUACAGCUGAGGUCCCACAGGUGUCUGGCUGCCUGGAAAGAUCAAAUGUUUUCCAAGGGCGAAACAACAACCGCAAACGUGUUUUUCUUGUAAAUGCCGUGUGUGCUCCUUUGUAUCAUUCUGUGUCCCCUCUGAGGUUUUUGUGGGUCUGUGAAUGCAGCGCAGGCAGAACUCUCAUGAGUACUUUUUUCCCCCACCAGCAGUUUGUUACUUGUGGGGUGGAUAUUAAUUCAUCUGUCAAUCUGUCAGAGCUGAUCACAUUGAUAGAUGAGUGAAUGCAGACUUUUAGACUCAGCAGAAUUAAUGGUUUCACUUUCACGCGCGCCUUAUGUUCUGCUGCUCCGUCUGUGCCCAGAGUGCGCUCUUACCUCUGAGACAUGCAAUGCAUAACCAAAUGCUGCAUAUUCAUUUGAACAGCACUCCUAUCUAACAGUCCAGCUCCAAAAAUAGAAAAUCUGUUUGUGGUGGCAGGUGUUUUAUUUGUGGCGGACUGCCACAAAUAAAUGAAAGCGUUGGAGACCUUGCACUCUAGAAAAAUAUUUUGUCAUUCGUGGCAGAAAGCAGACAACUGUGGAAGCACGAAAACCUUUGAAGAUGCAGCCUGCUGUAGUAAAGUAGUAAACAUUUUUUCUUUCCCCACGAAGGCUCAUAGAGUAACAUUCAGAGUGCGUGGUGAGGUCACAAAUGGGAUAACCUAAACAUUUAGUAAACCAGCUGUAUACAGGCUCUCUAGCUUGCAUCUUAUAUGCCGACCAUGUGUGUAGAGAGCAGCUAUGUUUGUUUGUGUGACAGCUCAGACUUCGAAAUCAGCAGAAACUUCAGUUCGGUCUCACGUUUUCCUCCAGUAUCUCCCCUUUUUCCUCUUGUCUCUUAUGUUGGUGUCAGACUGUUGGAAUAAGUGUGAUGUUUUUUUACUGAAGGUGAAAUAAUUUCCACUCACUCCAAUGCAUCCCCACGUAAUGGUUUGCUGCCUUGAAUUUGCGCCUUUCUGUUGACUCUGUGUGCAGUCAGGCCAUAUCUAAAAUUGCGUUCAUUCUGAACUCACGUGUCUUUUCCUUUCCCAGGGUUUGGGGUUAGUGUUAGCGUCUAUUUGGGGUUCCGAUUUUAUACUGAAGGUGCUGAUAUGAGCUGGGUUUUGUAAGGGCAAGGUUUAAGGUUUGGUUAAAGUUAAAGCUGAUGUAUACUGCAUGGUGCUGCCCUGGUCGCUGUGUUGACCUAAUGAAUGCAUGGCUCAAACUGAUGAUACCUCUCCUCCUCUAUCCUGCUCUUCCUCUUCCUCCUUCCCUUCCUCCCUCUGUACUCUGUACUACAUCAGACGGCAGUGGAUUGAAGGGCUCUCUAUUUCUUUAGAUUUUAAUAAUAGCCCUGUUAUUAAACUUCUAUUUUGCACGAUAUUUCAUAAAACACAUUAUGUGCCUUGCCUUUAGUUAAAGAACAAUAAUACAUUAUGGAAAGGUGAUCAUACUUUUCAUGGUACAGCUGGUAGCACUUACAAAAAACAACAAAAAAAGCUGCAUGUGUGAUUGCUUGACAUUAACCAGUGUAGCAGGUACACCGUUUUAGGUUAAGAAGUGGCAGUGUAUUGACUGCAAGCUGAGAUACUAGUUUGAAUGUCAGCUCAAAGAAAGUUUUCAUUAGCUUUAGCAGAGGCUGGGAUUAUCCUUUGCUACGAUCCCGCUAAAGACACAGUAAGUUAUUUUCACAGCAGAGGGAAAAGUCUGACAUUUUGGAAAAUGCACUUGUUCACUAUCACAGUCAGUCAAAUGCAAAGAACAUGAUAUCGGUCAUCCCACUGUUCAGUAGCCUACAAUCACUCAGCCUACACACAGUUCACACGUUUAGCUUGCACUGGCAAAAAUCUAGUUAUAUAAUAUGUAUCGUGAUACAUAGGUUAAGGUUCAAUAUAUCGUAAUAUCUCAUGAUAUAUCACGAUAUUGUGAACAAGAUGAUAUAUCUUGAUUUUCUUUCAAAUCCAAUUUUAGGAAAACUGAAUAAAAAGAUAACAUCACCAUAUGCAUAAAAAUUACCUGCUACUUUUUGUGUAAUCUGAGCAAAAGAAUGAACGUGAGGAUAUCAGCUUGGUGGAGUAUCUAUGUAAACAACUUUAAAAAGAAAGAAAAAUGCAAACAAUUUAAAAUUGAUUUUUAUGAACUGAUACAUCAUCACAAAACAUAAUACAGAUAUUUUCUUAUACCUUGCCUUACUAGUUUAGGAUUUGGCUAAGCUGAGAUAAACACAUCCCAACCCUUACCUCACAUAAUCUUAAUUUUAGGCCUACCAUUUCCCUUUGCAUUCAACCACAUCUCACUUGUUUCAUCGGCUGAUUGAGUUGGCUCAGGUGUCCUAAAUAUUGAGCUUUGGUCAUAUGAUAACAAGUGGUCAUAUAUAGGGGAGAUCUAAACCCCAAUCCUAGAUCACAGAUGGCAUCAAUGGUUACGAUCUGCCCUCAAAAUGCAAACACCUGUAUCACAAGACCAAAGCUUUGUAGUUAGACAUGUGAUCAUGUGAAAAGUUAAUCAUCCCAUGAUAGCUGUCAGUUUAUUUUGUAUUUUUUUUUAAAGGAAAGAACUGUAACAUCCAAAAUGUCGGACUGUUCCUUUAAGGUUUGAUUUUUUUUUUUUUUUCUCAGUGACAUCAUCCUGCCAUAACCAAGUGUUGAUUACACUCAUAGAGCUGAUCUGGUUCAGUGGCUCUGCUGUUUGAGUUGAGGGCUGAAAUGUCGGCUGGUGUUUGUGUGUGUGUGUGUGUGUGUGUGUGUGUGUGUGUGUGUGUGUGUGCGCGUGUGUGCGUGUGCGUGAGGACAUUGACAGUGUUGCUAUGUGUUGCAUAGUGUUGAAAAUGAACUAUAUGUGUGUUGUCCUUAAAGGUGGACACCAGCAUGUUGUAAAUGAAACACUAUCGCAGUAUGGCUACAGUGGAUCUGAAAAAUGGCAAGUCUGGUUGCAAGUCCUGCCUAAUACUCACAAGACAAAAAGAAGCAGUUUUGAACUCCGUCUACAUCCUGUUUUUCAAUAUUAAGUAUUAAAUACAUGCAAACACAUCAAUAGUAUUUAUUGCAGGAAGAAGUCUUACUACUAUAUUGUGAAUAUUUGUCACGCAUUUAAUCAAUGUGGCCAAGCCACUCAAUCCAAUCUAAUGGAAACAUGUUGGACAGGCUCUGCAGCUCUAUUUCUGGCCACAAGAACACCGUCCAUUAGCCUGUAUGAUGACUCUGACCACGUGAUGAAUUAUGUGCGUCUAGAUACUACAAAAGGCCAUAGAUGAGUUUUAUAUGGAUGCAUGCACUUAAUGCUAUUCUUACUUAACGUGGUUAUUAGGUUAUUUUUUAGUUAUUUCUUGAGUUGUUUUAAUCAUGUUGCUUGUAGCAUUAUAGUUUUAAAGACAGCAGUGUGUGUAAAACCAUGUUGAAGAUGGACUUACCGGUCAUAAAAAGGAUGUAUAGAAUGUUUGUGCGUUUUCUCUUAAGAUGGUGGCCAAGCCGCAGAGUAAGAGACCCAUGAAAUGGGAACGGUUGUGUGUGGGCUGCUUGUAAAGUUUAGCCAUGUGACCGAUGAUGAAUGAUGAAAGGUUGUUUUGGGAGAGAGAGAGAGAGAGAGAGAGAGAAUCUCGGAAGUCAAGUAAAGUUAAGGUGAACAAGAAUGCAUACCUCUGCUAAGGCUGCACUGUCCUCUAAAUGAAUUAUAUUAUUUGCAGUCAGUGUUCGUUGUGAGUUCUGUCAGAAAUUAUGAGCCAAAGUGAAAAGUGCUUUUACAACAUAUAAAUGAAUUGAUCAUUAAAAUCUUUUUAAUGCACAAAUUUAAGGAACUGACAAGAUUAAAUUUCAGUGGAAUUGUAUCUUAUGUGAUUUCAUUUGACAAAUACAUUGAAAUAUUGAAUUAAUGAAAAUUUAAAUAAAUAAAUAUUAAUAAUUCAAUGUCCACAACAUGGUGCGGCUCCUGCACAUACAUACAUGAAACUUUUUCUUCCCACUAAAUGUUACUGAAAUCUCUUUAGCAGUGCAGGACCAGAAGCUGCUUGGCAGAGCUAAUAAUUCAGAGCUUUACUGUAUGUCAGCUGAAGAGCUAGAUUCAUGGAUACCAGCCCAAGCUGUAAUUGUGAUUUCAUGUUUGCACUCUUCAAUCAAAGAUAUUUUGGCUGCAAUAAUGCCCUAAAUGAACAUGGUGAUACAUGAAGACUGUGUAACCAGCAACAACAGAUAUGAAGCUGGACUGUGGUACUCACAGGGCUGUCCCUAAAACUACAGGCAGUAAGAUAAUUAUAUGAUAUCAUUAUAGACUAUGAUAUUAGCAAAUGCACUAUAGGAACCUCUGGCCCACAGUCAGAAAAAAGAUAGGUCACUUUUAGAUUCAAAUAAGGCUGGACAGAAUAGAGGACAACUAAAGUCUCUCACAAUAACACCAACAGCAAAUAUAAUUCUCUAUAACCCAAUACAAAUAUGCUAAAAAUGCAAUACAUUUAAAUAUGUUAAUAAUGUUAAUUGUUAUGCUGUGUUCCAGUCAAAGUGAGAAGUUGGAAUUUUUCAGUUUCGAUUUCAAACCUCCAACCUUUGCACAAAGCCAAUUAUGAUAAACUAAUGUUUAUUUGGCAAGUGUACACACAAGUACACACGUGUCCUUGCAGAUAUAAACAGAACAGAGGAGAAAAACAAUGCAUGAGGUAAUAGAUGCCAUGAUAUAUUUUAUUUUAUGGCCCCUUUAUACCUGAAAAUGUAUCUAAAAAGCUAGAUAAUAACUUUAGUUUGGCUUUUAGUGAACUGUUUACAAUUUGAGAUUUCAUGAGUGCUCCUAUGGUUGUAUGACAACUGCUUCUUCAUGAAGUUGGGGUUGAUGGAUUUGCACCAAAUUUGCAGGCAGGAAGUCUGACAUUCAGUGGCGCUCCAUUUUACUUUUUCUCGGGGAGGUUGGGAAUUUUCGAGUUUGGAGUUGUCUGGAACACAGCAUAAGGGUGAUGUAGUGGCUUCGUGGUUGUUUUGUCUCCUCUAGCUAAUGUCCAAGAUUACUGAGCAUGAUGUACUUUAGAGAUCGUAUUUUCGCUUUGUACUGUCUAUCAGGAGCUCUACCUGUAGCCAAGACAAAUAAACAAAACUGAAAUUCUAAACGGUUACAUAACUUAGAGACAAUAUGUGCACUGUUUGAAAGCACUGUGUGUUUCGUAGCUGUCAUGAGAGGUUUGAAGUUGUCUUGACGCAUGUUAUGAUGUGUGAAUUCUCUUCAUUUCUAUUCCUCUCUACUCCUCCCUGUAUCACUGACUAGCAGUCUGACAACAGAACAUGCACAAAGAAAGCCAAAUAGCUUCCCUACAUAACACCAGCCAGCUGAGUGGCAGACUAACUCUGUGUGCUGAAGGUGUUGCAGCUACAUGUAAUACAUUUAUUAUAAGAAAAAUACCACCACCAAGCCAAAAUGCAACAUGUAAUACAGUACGAUCAAACCAGCUUAGACGAGGUAUAAUACCAUGCAGCUCUCAGUAACUUGUGAAGAUUUCUUUCAAAUGUUGUUAAAGGGGAAGCUAGAAGUCCAAUUUAGGAAAUGCCAAAAAUCACGUGUUCAGGAUGUCUAAAAAAAUCCCCAUCUCAAGUCAAACGUGAAUACUGUGUUCAUCACAAAACUGAACUUGGAGAGAAAGUAGUGCACAUCAUGAAUGAACACUGGCAUGUAACCGUAUCAUGUUCUCUGCUUUUAAAUAUACCAGCAGGUAAACAGCAUUGAAACUAAAAAAAAGAGAAGAUUUCAACAAGCAGUGCCUAUCAUUUAACUGCUAGUUUUAGGUAAUUUUUUAUGCUGUGCUUUGCAGUAUGCGUUAUGUCUGAACACUACGUGGUCGUGUGACACACUUCAGCCCAGGGAUUGGUGCUGCUCAGUAAUGAGAACAUCACCAGCUCUGAGCUAGUGGAGGUGGGCUGUGCAGGUCCUGAGGUAACAAGCCAUAAAACAACCCAAAGAGCUGAAGAAAAUCUAGAGGAAACACUGACAGACUAUAGAUAAUGUUUAUUUGUUCAUGGUUCGAUAUCUUAGGUUGGAUUAGGUUCAGGGACUAAAGCUGUGUCCUGUUUUUGCCCCCUUUCAGAGUUGUGCUAGAAAAAGGCUAUCACGUUCCAAAUGCAGCGCAAAGAUAUGGUGAUACCACUUCACAAAAAGGUUACCAAAGACAGAGUAGGGAACAAAUCAGCAACUUAAUGCUAAUUAAUCAAUAGUUAAAGGAAUACUUCGCCUUCAAAAUGACCACGUGUAUAUUAGUUACUCACUCUGUGGUUUGUUGAGUUUGCAAAGAAAAUGUUUUUCUCAAAUGACUCCACAGUAAACGGAGAAUCCAAAAACAGAAACAAUUCUUGAUGAAUUGAAGUAAAUGGGGGCCACAUUUAAUGGCAGCAAGACAAUAUCAAAACAUCUGUUUACAAGUUCUUACAACUCAUGGAGUAUAAUCCAAGUGUCAUUUAUCCAGUUGUAUGCUCAGUACUUCCAAAAUACAUGCAUUUUAGCUAAAAGCCUACUAACUUUUGCAUGAACAAUCUUGUAGUAGGGUACCUGGGCAAGCGUGUGCAUUUGCUUGUGCAUUCCAGUAAAAUCCCACCUUCAAGCUUGUUCAUAAGCCAGGAAGCGGCAGGUGUGGGAGAGUGACAGAAGAUCUCCUCGCCAGGGAACAAGCUCAAAGAUAGGAUUUCCAUGCAAUGCACAAGCAGAGUUUAAAAUAGUAAGAUUUUAGUGCAAAUGCAUGUUUUGGGAAGUACUGAGCAUACAACUAGAUAAAUGAGACUUAGAUUAUACUGAAAGAGUUGUGUGAGCAGAACAGAUGUUCUGAUAUGGUUUUGCUUUUGUUAAACAUGCCCCCCUUUACUUGAAGUCAGCAAGAAUUUUGGAUUCUUUGUUCACCAUGGAGACAUGCAAAAACAGUUUUCUUCACAAAUUCAACAUAGCGCAUGAUUAGCAAUUGGUAUAUAAAAGAUUGUUUGGGGGUAAAUUAUUCCUUUAACAAGUAUUUCCUGAACAGUGUUAAAGCAUUAGCUGUGGUGAUCCAGUGAUGAGUUCCUUUAUCUGCUUUAGGAACCAUUUGCAAAGUACAGAUCAUUAACAUAUUCUUCUACUUUACAACCUUUGAUGUAACUAUGCAUUCAUUAGCAUUUUCUAAUUUCAUCCUAGUUAGUAACUACUUAUGAUUUUGUGUAACUUACGGUUUAGUGUUACUACCACAUCUUUAUGUUGCCUCAUUUGGAGCCAGUGUGUCGCAUGCUGUAUUCCCAGUGUAAAUGAACUAAUGAAUGAAUCCACUCAGUGAUGUGCUGAACUUGGUUGAAGCUGCUAAGCUGACUUGAUUGUAGUUUUUUUUUUUUUUUUGCUGAUGGCAGGUUGAAAAGUCAGAAAUUCAGCUUUCUUCUGUGGAAAUAUGCACUAUAGAGAUGAUCAUUUUCUACAAAAGUACAAUUCUUGAAGGUCUUUUAAAUUUGUCAGCUACAUGUUGAUUAAUAAGUUGUUAUUGGUUGGGAUAAAUUUUGGUGUUAAGUUCCCUCUAGAUUUUUCUUUCCUCUAUGGUACAAACCAAGUGCUGUUCUGACCACUGUCAGCACUGCUAGCAGAAAAUAACCAAACAAUGUUUCCUGUUAAAGAUGCAUCAUAUCAGAAUCAAAACUGCUUUAUGAUUGUGAUUGGUAGGUUAUGGUUAGCAUUGCAAGCAAUUGUAAUUGUAAAUGAGCAGCAGUACUGCUGGUGGUGAAAUGUUUGUUAGCUUAGCAGCUGCAGUUGAAGGAAGAAAGGAUAUCUAAACAAUUCAGUUUUAGAAGGGAUUUGGGGGAUGUUUUCAUAGAGGGCUCUUUUCUAUAAACUACUAAUGUUAUUCAACACUCUACCCCACUGCUGCUGUUGCCUGAAAAUCUUGUAACUCCAAUGUAUGUUUCUUUUUGCUGUUUCUUACUUGAAUUUCAUUUUUAAUGGCCCUUCCAAACCCUUUCUGUAAUUCAGACUCACAGCAGUCAGAAAACCUCUCUUUAGUUAAUGAAAAUCAGAUUUUGUAGAGUUUUUCCUUUGACAGUGAUGCCAUAUUGAUUCAUUUCUGUAUCUGCGGGUACAUUGCUUCUGCACACUGAACUCCAUGUGCUGAAAACAGUUUGUAACGAACGAAAGAGUUGUUUCUCAGAGAACAUUUUGAUGCAGUCUCAUAUUUUAAGGGUUUUAUUUCUCAUUACUUUUUUUCAGAUAUUAUAGUAAAGGACUGCUUUGCUUGCUUCCAGAUAUAUAUCCCUUACAUCAGAGAGAGCAUAGGCAUGAACGGCUUUCAUCAGUUAUUGCAUGACUACAGUCCACACAGACCAGAGUCCUUUUCACAUCAACUGUACAUCUUAUUGUUCAUUUAGUCAUGGGAUACCAAGUUUCCCCAAUACCUCAAAAUAAUUGACAAGGUUGAAGGGAAGCGGAUUGGUGCUCAUGCCAUAUAUUUCUUAUUUUUCAUAUUGGAACACCCCAGAGUGCAUUAUCGCACUAUCGUCAAUACCCAAAGAUAAAGAAAGGAUUGUAUCGGAACUUUCAUGUGAAACUUGAUUAAUUAACUUGAUAUAUAACUUUAAUUAACACCCAAAACACACAACAAUGCACAUCGUGGUAUCCCAAUACAUGAAAAUAAGAGACUGUAGGCCGUUUGUUUUCCAGACUGGGAAUGCCGACGUGGUGAUACGAACCCUGGCUUAAGACGGUCACUGUGGAAAGGGCUGCUGCUCUGGACUGGAUGUAGUUUGUAGCAGCUUUAACAAGAGCUUUAAGUACUUUUUCCUUUGGGUGUUUUUCAGCUGAAGCUAAUGUCAAUAAUCAACCUUUAUUUGCAUGACGUAAACUGUUCCUCUGAGACUGCAUUUAGACAGGGACAGGAAAUGAUGUCAGCACUGUGGCAUAGUUAUGUCUCCUCAUGAUCAUUUAAAACAGAAGUCACAGACUGACAGCUGUCUGUUUAAGGUUUCCUUUCCUGUUUGAAUGUCUCAUAGUUUGAGUGACAGCAGUGUUUCUGGCCUAAUGUUAUUCUGCUGUGGGGGAUAUUAACAUCUUUGAUAAUAUGUCAUUAUAACCAUAUUUAGCCAUUGCUGUCAGCAAAUGCUGAUGGAUUCAUUACUGGAAAUGAGUAUGUUUCCCUAUGCAAAAAUAUACCAUUAAUAAACAAGCUAUACCACAAUUCAA